AUGGCCAGGCCGACACUCCAUAAAAUGUUUACGUUAGCCAAAUUAUCAUACAUGGCUUGCAAUGAAAAAGAAAAAUUCCACUACAAUAGUUUACAGACUCCAAGAAUUGGUGUGAAAUCAUGCUGUAUAGACAUUUUGAGUUACAUAAAGGUUAAAACAAAUUGCAAUAUGUCUGACAAUGUAGACAGCAUAAACUCCUGUGUAGAAGCCAUAAAUGCCAAUACAAUAAGUGAAAAAGCUGUUUCCAAUGGACAUCUCGAGUGUUUGAAAUUUGUUACACAACAACCAGAUUUAAUUAAGAACAAUGUGAUUUGCAACCAAGCCGCUUCCGAGGGACAACUUGAAUGUCUGAAACACCUCCACGAACAAGAUUUUCCAUGGGAUGAAGUUGUGUGCGAAAAUGCGGCUUUAUAUGGUCACUUGGAGUGUUUACAAUAUGCACAUGACAGAGGAUGCCCUUGGAAUAAUAUUGUGUGCGCUAAAGCUGCAUACAACGGUCACCUAGAAUGCCUCACAUAUGCUCACACAAAUGGUUGUUUGUGGGAUGAAAUAACGUGUGAAGCUGCAGCCAUCAAUGGGCACUUGGCAUGUUUACAAUAUGCCCAUGAAAAUGGAUGUUUAUGGGAUAUAUUCACCUGCAUAGGAGCUGUGUGUAACACACACAGUCAAUGUUUUAAUUAUGCAAUUGAAAACUUCUGCCCAUGGGAUGGAGACAUUUUAAUAAGCUAUUGGUUUUCGCAAUUAGGUACCAAUAUUACAGAAUAA